CUUGUGUUCUCCUUCUAAUCUCUCUCUCUCUCUCUCUCGCACACUUGAUUGGAGCAGAAAACUGUAAACCCUAGCUAUACCCCCUUUCACAUUCCACCACCCUGUGCUGCGUCGCUGAUGCCGAGCUCCUCUCCUGGCUCCGCUUCCCUUUAUGUGCUAUAGCUUGAGGCAUCUGUCUGUAACACUGCCGCAUUCUUCUUCUCCUCCGCACCACCGCUGAGGUUAGGGUUGUCAUUAGCAAGCUGUCCUCCCAAGUCUCCGCCUUGCUUCGUUACUUGAAAUCACGAUAGGAAAAAGAUAUAUUGAUUGCGUUUUACCAUAGAUGAAAUGGUGGUGUGGUUUUCUCUUUCUUUUCAGUAGACAUUUUUGUCCCUUUUUUUUUCUUUUGUACGAGGGCGGGGUAGCGUUGAGGAGCGAAAGCUCCGAACCUCUCAGCCACGCCUAUGUUAAUUUUGACAUAUUGUCCCUUUCCCAGCAGGGCUCAUUUAUGUCGUAAUGUCUGUUUGUGGAGAAGACAGGACGGACUGACUACCCAUAUUUUCAAGUCCCUGUCUUUUGAAGUCUGAACAUAUUUAAAAAGGCUAACCAUGCAAUACUUGGCGGGCUUUGAGGAGAUACUUUCUGUUGUAUUUAGCGUUUAUAAUGAUAUACUGAGCCUUGAGGAGGCUUAUUGUACAUAAUUUUGUUGCUCUCCAGCUACCCCAUUCAUGCUUCGGUUGGAUAAGGCCUAAGUGAAAGUAUAGGCUACUCAAAAAAACUUGAACUAUAAAAUUUACCUGGAAAGAGAUGGAAACUGACCAUUUGGUAGCUUUACCAAGUGGUAUUAAUGAAGAAAAGAUUAGCCAAAGGAAUCAACUGUACUCAUUAGGCGAAAAUGGCGGAGCCAUGGCACCAUCUCCUUGUGGCAGUAUUCUGAGGCUAAGCAAUGCUUGCACGCAAGAAGAUGGCAACUUCCUGGCUUCUGAAAAUGCAGAUAAAAUUAAGAAGAAGGUAUCAAGAAUUAUAGGAUGGGGAUUAAGACGUUUCAGUAAGAUAGUUUGUCAGAAGGUGCAAUCAAAGGGAAGAACAACCUACAAUGAGGUUGCAGAUGAGAUCAUUGCUGAUUUGGCUACACUGAACAAGAGCAGCGAAUUUGAAUUUGAUGAGAAAAAUAUUCGGAGGAGGGUUUAUGAUGCAUUUAAUGUUCUCCUGGCAAUUAAUGUUAUUGCAAAAGACAAGAAGGAAAUACAUUGGAUUGGUUUUCCUAAUACAAGCACCAAAGCAUUAGAAGAUUUGAAGAGAAGGCACAUGAAUGUAACAAAUAGAAUUCAUGAAAAAGCAAAUUAUUUGAGAGAAUUAGAGGCAAAGGCUUUUGACAUCCGAAAGCUUAUCGUUAGGAACCAGCAUAUGCAUUGUUCAGGGAAUGCUUCUUCUGAAGGUGUUGCUCUACCAUUUCUGUUGGUUCAAACUAAUCCAAAGGCCACUGUUGAAAUUGAGAUUUCCCAAGAUAUGCAGUUGGUUCAUUUCGACUUUAAUGGAUCUCCAUUCUCUCUACAUGAUGAAGCUGCCAUUCUGAAAAUGAUGAGAUGUCCCCAAUCAGCUGCAAAGAAUCAGUUUUCUUGCAGUCCUGCUCGUGCUUUGAACAGCAUCAGAGAUGAAAAUGGGAAGCCAAUGAAGCCAGCUUCUUUCUCUUGGAACUCUGAAAGCUUGACCCUAUAAUUGGAAAUUUUAUUUUGUGCGGAUGCCGUCAGGGUCCGGAGAUCAAUCAGAAUGCGUCAUGUCUUUUUUUUUUGCUCGGUACCGUUGCUCGAUACUGCUCGGUAUCGGGUGACAUGGCGCGUUCUGGUUGGUCUCCAAACUGUCUGAUAUCCGCACAUAAUAAUUCCUCCUAUAAUUGCUAUCAAGCAUGGAGAUGUAUUUUGUUGUGAUCUUCAUAUUUACUUAGUCGCUUGAAGGUUUAUGACUUGGCGACUUUGUUUUUUGAUUUCUUUGUAAUUAUGCCAAGGCUUGUCAAUGUAGACUUAACAU